UUCUCAUAAAGCUGUAACAACUGAAUUUUAUAGAUUAAUUUGCAGUGUUGAUAACCAAUCAUUUAGUUUUUUCUUCUCACCUUUUAAUCUGUUUUAGAGCCUAAAUGAAAAGGAGGGAGCCCCCAUUAACGAGCUCUGGAGUCAGGCGUAGGGCACGUUUAUCAUUAGUGAAACGACUCCAUGACAUAGCUGAAGACUGUCAGUUAACAUCGGAACAGACAGUAGUUAACAGACCAGACCCUUGUCACGCUGCUUAUGACACUGACAGUGACAGUGAUGACGACUUUGACACUGGGCUCAGUGUGGGAGAAGAAAGGACAUAUGAUUUACUUGGACCGGGCAGACAGAAUGACUUAGACUGUACAGUCACACAGGUUAGUUCAGGGUCUGAGGCUGAAGACUUUACAGAUGCACCAGUACCCUUAGUUGAGAGGCUGUCAAAAUGGGCUGUGCGUUUUAACAUCUCUUUAGUGGCUCUGACAGCCCUCCUUUGUGUGUUGAGGGUGUACCAUCCAGACCUGCCCAGGGAUGCGCGGACUGUUCUCAAAACACAAACUCAGUAUAGCAUCCACAGACAAGCUGGAGGGCUGUACCAUUAUAGAGGCAUUUUGACAUCACUUCGUAAUACUUUAUCACAUGUGAUAGACACAGUCUCUGAGGGAUUUACGUUUAGAUUACGAAUAAACGUUGAUGGGUUACCAGGACUUCUGCUAAGUGUGCCAAUGAAGGAACCAGUUGUAAUUGGUUUAUUUUGUGGUAAGAAAAAACCAAGUUGCCCUAAUGAGUUUUUGAGAGAUUUUACAUGCGAAUUACAACAGCUACAAGGAGGUUUUUUUUUCAGCCAAAAAAAAGUGUUUAUCAAGCUUGAUUCUGUUAUCUGUGAUGCACCUGCCAGAGCCUUCAUAAAAAAUGUGAAGGGCCACAAUGCAUAUCAUGGUUGUGAUAAAUGUUGCCAACCAGGCGUUUACAUUAACAACCGAAUGACUUACCCCUUAAAUGAUUACACUUUACGGACUGACAUUUCAUUUUUGGAGAGAACUGAUGAGAGCCAUCACCAUGAAGGACCACAUGGUUUUGCCAAUCUAGAUAUCGGUAUGGUGACUCAGUUCCCUCUAGACUACAUGCAUGUUGUGUGUCUAGGUGUGAUGCGUCGAUUGUUAAGCAUUUGGUUGAGGGGUCCUUUGAAAUUUCGCUUGCCCUCAAGCGUUAUCGACAGGAUUUCAGAAACACUUACUCAGAUGCGUCCACAUAUACCAGCAGAAUUUGCAAGGAAACCUAGAUCACUAAGAGAGCUGGAUCGUUGGAAAGCUACUGAGUUGUGACAGUUUCUCUUAUAUACAGGUCCUGUUGCUCUGGCACCAUAUUUGGACAGUCAUGUCUAUAACAACUUUAUGCUGCUCUGUACAGGUAUUUGUAUACUUGUUAGUACACAGCUCUGCCCAUUAUACAGUGGCUAUGCAAACACGUUGCUGUCCAUGUUUGUAACUCAUUUUGGUGAGCUCUAUGGCAAAGAUGGAUUGGUUUAUAAUGUGCAUGCUUUGGUCCAUCUUUCAGCAGACGUGCAGUUACACGGUUGUUUAGAUUUUAUUUCAGCUUUUCCAUAUGAAAAUUAUCUCCAUAAAUUGAAGAGGUUUGUGAGAAAGCCAGAUUUUCCUCUUGCACAGAUAAUAAGAAGACUGUCAGAAAUGCAAAAUAUUACAAGUGUUGAGCUUCCUUUUAAGAAUUUAAGAAAGCAGCAUUACGUUGGGCCUGUUCCUGAUGGCAUCCAAGCAGUGGCACAGUAUAGAGAAUUAUACACUGACAAAUGGGCAAUGAAAGUUUCAACAGGUGACAAUGUUUUUUCUGUAGGUGGAGAUGUAUGUGUUGUACAUAACAUUAUUGAGUGCAGUGAUGGACUUUAUGUAGUUUUUAAAGUUUUCACAAUAAGAGAGAACUUUUUUGACUAUCCUUUCAGCUCUGAUUUCCUUCAAAUAUUUUGUGUCUCUCAAGCAAUAGGUCCAUAUAAGUUUGCUAAUGUAUCACAAGUGUCGCAUAAGUGUGUGCUCCUCCCUUAUAAAGAUAUGUUUGUGGCCAUGCCCCUCUUGCACAUUCAUAGUCAUGGAAAAGGGUUUGAGUUAAGGGAGCAGUGAGGCUAGAGGGCAGAGUGCAAUGGGGUUGGGGGUGACAUAAUUUGACUAAUAGCACUUGACUUAUACACUUGACACAACAAAGAUCAACUGAAAUUAAGAUCAGCGCUCAUAUUCUUGAAUAGUUUUGGAUACUUCUGGAAUUUAAAUAAUGUAAGUAUCCAUAAUCACUAAUAUUUAUAGCAUAUGAUAUGUGUUCUGUAAUAUAUAAUUUGUAUUAUUUACAUACAUAGGUGAAUGUAUCCUUAUGGGUCUUACAGUUUGAUCGUGUUACAGAGGUAGGUGUAUGUAGUCUUAUGGGUCUUACAGUUUGAUCAUGUUACAGACGUAGGUAAAUGUAGUCUUAUGGGUCUUACAGUUUGAUCAUGUUACAGAUGUAGGUAAAUGUAGCCUUAUUGGUCUUACAGUUUGAUCAUGUUACAGAGUUAGGUGUAUAUAGUCUUAUGGGUCUUACAGUUUGAUCAUGUUACAGAGUUAGGUGUAUGUAGUCUUAUGGGUCUUACAGUUUGAUCAUGUUACAGAUGUAGGUGUAUGUAGCUUUAUGGGUCUUACAGUUUGAUCAUGUUACAGAGAUAGGUAAAUGUAGUCUUAUGGGUCUUACAGUUUGAUCAUGUUACAGAGGUAGGUAAAUGUAGUCUUAUGGGUCUUACAGUUUGAUCAUGUUACAGAGUUAGGUGUAUGUAGUCUUAUGGGUCUUACAGUUUGAUCAUGUUACAGAGGUAGGUAAAUGUAGUCUUAUGGGUCUUACAGUUUGAUCAUGUUACAGAGUUAGGUGUAUGUAGUCUUAUGGGUCUUACAGUUUGAUCAUGUUACAGAUGUAGGUAAAUGUAGUCUUAUGGGUUUUACAGUUUGAUCAUGUUACAGAUGUAGGUAAAUGUUGCCUUAUUGGUCUUACAUUUUUGUGUAUUCAUUUUAUUUACUUAUUUUAUAAACUUAAUUCAUUUUUUAUUUUUGUAUUACUACACCCCCACACACCUUCCUUCUACCAACACCAAAGCAUUUGUCUUGAAUAAUUCCACAUCCUUUGCUUCUUAAUCAGUUAGAAGUGGUUGCAUAAAAGCAUGGGGGUUUUAUUUGAUCUUGUCAGUCUUUUGUCUUUUAUUUUUAGGACUCCAAAUGCAAUUUGAGAAAAUAUCAAUUGUAAAUUGUCAUGUUUAGAUGUUGUAAUUGUAGGUAGUUGCAUAUAUUGCAUACAUAACAUGCUGGAUAUGUUCCUUGCAGGAGCUUAAACAUUACAUCUUCUUUUUCAGAUGUUCAUGGUUGUAGAAUUUACUGACACCAAGACUGUAAAUAUUAUAUCAGAAACUUGGCUUGAUGAUGGUGUAGCUUUGUGGCCAAACUAUAAGAGUGAUGAGCGCAUUAACAGAGCUAUUCAAAAACAUGAGGAGCCAGGACCAGACUGGAAACAGUAUGAUGUUAGAAUCCUCUCAAAAGCUAGUAAGGUUUCCUUAUUCAAGCAAAAUGUGUAUUUAAUUAGGGCUGGAACUAAUUUGCAAAAUUAGAUAAAAUAUCAUUUUGAAUUAAAGGUAAGAUUUUUCAAAUACAGUCAUGCAGCUACUACCUACACUAUGUAGUGUUCGAGUAUCUUUUUUUUAAACAUUGUUUAGGUUAGUAAUUAAAUUAUUAUUUUUCAUGAGCUGAGUCAUUUUUUAAAAACAGAGUGCAAACACUGUGCAGCAGCCUGUAAUGUCUGAAUUUGGGAAAUAUUUUACUACAUGUUUUAAAAUAUUCCUGUUUUUAAGAUGUGAAACUACAUAGUUGAACUAAUUGUUUUCUCAAUUCUGAUCAGGUGAUUAUUUGAGAGCAAGAGAAAAACUGAAGUCUUCACUGAACUGUCCUACUUCAGACUUACAAACAGACAGUGAAGAAGAAAUCACCAGGAAGAGAAAAAUUAAGCCAAGGUAUGAUAUUUAAAAUGAUGGUCAACUACAUUGUUCAAUUGCAAAUGGCAAAUGAGUGAUUCCAUUGAAAAGAGAAUAAUUAGCCAGUUUUAUCAUAAGGUUUUUCACAUAUCAGUAGGUGUCUACAUGUGUGGUUUCAGUAAUUAUUUCUUCCUUGCAUAUGUACUCUUUUUUUUUUAUACUUUUUAAAAUUUGUUUCUUAGGCAACUAUUUGGUGAUACAGACUCUGACAGUGAUCCAGAGGUGGUGAGCAAGAGGAGGUGCUCUAACCUUUCCUCAGCUCCAGUACCACCACCUGUUCCCAUCCCUCCUCCUCAUGUACCUCCAGUACCACCUGCUCCCAUUCCUUCCCCUCAUGUACCUGGAGGUCCUCUCUGCCAGAUGUCUGCCAGACCUUUACCUAAGGAACGCCUGAGCCAUUCCUUUAAUCCCUCUUUUAGACUGGGAAGAAUUGCCGCAGGACCUAUCCCUUGCACUGGUACCAUCCUUUUAUUCAGUACAGUUAUCAUAUUAUGCAAAAGUGUUCAGCAUAAUGAAACAUAUUCAGGCAGUUUGUUUUCAGUUUCUCUCUGUAAUGUUUUGAGAGUGAGUUAUGGAAUUACUAAGGCUACGUUUACACAGCAGGUAAAAGUGGCCCAAAUCUGAUUUUCUCACCAAAUCCGAUUUUUUUUGUUUGGCUGUUCACAUUAUCUUUUAAAUGUGAUAUGUAUGCGACAUCAGUCUGAACAGAUCAUGCUCCUAAACCGACCCACAUACACAAAUGAACAAUGCUCCACGUGGCUUGCUCGUCCUGAGGUUUCAUUUUCGUCUUCGCCAGCACCACAGAAGCCAUCAUGAAGCUUCACUGACUGACAGCUGGGCUGAUCACCCAGAAUGUGUUCGCUGAAAAAAGGGCACGUUAUUCGGCCACGGCCACUUCUUUGGUCCUCGGAUUUUUUAAACUUUUUUUGGAUGCUGCAGCCUCGUUCUCCUGCAGCUGCGUCUGGCCAUUUCGUUCGAAAUGUCUUUGAACACAGAGCGGUUGCGAUAAGUGCCUUUUAAUUUUUGGUACAGAAACAUCGGCCUAAAUGUUUGAGUCUCAGCAGCACAAAAUUAUGACGAAUGCCGAUUUGCAUUGCCGCAGAUCUGAUAUUGAAGCCAAACUUAUGCCACACUGUGCACUGAAACUAAGGCUUUGUUGUCACAGCGGGUAAAAGUGGCCCAAAUCCAAUCUUUUCCUGCAUAUGUGACACCGACACACUGACACACUGAUGUGUCAGUGUGAACAGCAAAAAACGCAUUGAAUCUGAAUUGAAUUAUCAAUUCCGAUUUGAGACGCUUUCAUAUGUGGUACUGAAAUCCGAUCCGUAUCCGAUCUGCAGCAGUGCAACUCAGUCUGAAGAGCCAGAUCGGAAUUCACGCGUCUUUUACGUCAAUCCAGCUCGACAUUUGUCGUAAUUUUGUGCUGCUGACAAUCAUAAACAUUUAGGCUGAUGUUUCUGCACCAAAGAUUAGAAGAGACUCAUCGCAACCGCUCUGCGUUCAAAGAGAUUUUGAAUAAAAUGGCUGAACGCGGCCAGAGGAGACAGAGGCUGCGGCGUCA